GCUAUCAUUGGGUCACGGCCCUUUUUCCGGUGUACGUAACCUGGUCCGCACGGUCUCUCACCCCGGCCAAGCGCCAGAUAAGGCAGCUGAAGCGCAAGUCGACUGUGCCUCAUUCAUCACGAGCGUUCCUACGACGAAUCGGAUGGUGGUACGUAGGAUGCUGCUAAUAAUCCCUCAAACUCUGUAUGCAAAAGUAUGGCGCAUAGAGUCGGGUCUUGAGCGUACAGUAGUGGCCUUGUAGUGCUUAUACAGUUUCGAUGUGUUGCAGUCGCUGACGUAACAGUGGCACGGAUUGACCCAAGUCCUUCUCCAGGAACGUCCGUUAACGUGCAUUCGUCCGCAUCCAUUCAGCGUACCGAUGACGACCGUUGUCGUGGCAAGCAUAUCCUACCGACCAGCCAUUUCCAUGUCGCUCACGCGUCCACUUGAGCGUCUUGUGGAGUCAAGUUGCCGGAAAGUAAUCAAUCUUGCAAUACGAUCCAGCAUGCUAGCCUUUCUGUCGAAGUUCUAGCUUCCUUCUAGCCCAUUCACAAACGGGUUUGCCAAGUUGCCAAAGCAUGACUGCAGGAGGGUUGGCUUGCGAAGGGAUCCCUGCUCCCACGUAGUCAGGCCAUUAGCAACAACCAUUGGAACGACAAAAUUUCUCAUCGACGUCCGUCGCGCUUUGAUUCGUCUAGCAUUCGCCACCGGAAUAGAAAUGGAGAGCACGCGCAAAAUGCCAUGAUCCACAGAGAGAUAUGCUGCGCACGAAUUGGUGCUUUCGUAUCUACCGCGGUGAUUUGGCCCACGAAACCAACGAGCGAGACCGAGCCGAAGUCGGUUCAUGAGGGCGACACGGUGGCAGCACCCUGGCAAUUUCCUUGGCAAUGUAUGGGGGAGGCUCGAGCAUGGGUAUUUUCUGUAGGUUCCACUUGUUCUUGAGACCUGACGCAUCGGCGUGCAUAAGAAACUGGAUCUGUGAAGGCGGAUUAGUGCACGGGCACGCGCUGUGCAGCAGUCGCGUGUCCGUCUAUAGCCGUCCCCGUGGGCGGCAAUUACUAUCAUGUAAUAGCCCCAUAUGGCUUGCGGCAUAUUCAUGGCAUCGCGAACAGGCAUCAUGGAAUGUCUAUUUGAGCACGGCCAGUCCUGCAGAUUUGUUCUGGUUCUUCAGUGCCCUUCAAUAACACUCAUACGAUACCACCCGCGCCAACAUGUACGGGGACGAGAAGAAAGUCAAUGGUGAGGACCUUCACCAAGUCACCACAGCAGGCUAUGGUGACGUGGAGGAUCUGUCGAAGCCAACCAGAGAAGUCGAUGCUGUCUUCGGUGAACUCUCUGAAGAUGGUCCAAACUACAAGGAUGUCGGCUGGAUCGGCACCAUCAUUCUGAUGAUGAAGACACAAAUCGGUCUCGGUGUCCUUGGUAUCCCAUCUGCGCUCCACUCCCUCGGCAUGGUUCCUGGCGUAAUUAUUCUCCUCAUUAUCGGUGUUAUGACGACCUGGACAGGCUACAUGGUCGGUCAAUUUAAGCUUCGUCAUCCAGAAGUGUACGGAAUCGACGAGGCCGGUAAGAUCAUGGGCGGCAAGAUUGGCCGUGAGAUCUUGUACUGGGGAUUCAACGUGUACUUCAUCUUCUUGGCUGCGUCCGCGAUGAUUGGUAUCUCGAUCGGCUUGAACUCUCUGUCCUCGCACGGUGCUUGCACAGCAAUCUUCGUCGUGGUCGCUGCCAUAAUCGGAUUCGGCUUCGGUAGCAUCCAGACUCUCGGCAAGGUCUCGUGGAUUGCGUGGGUUGGCGUUGCUGGUAUUCUCACAGCUGUAUUCACGCUCACCAUUGCUGUUGGCGUUCAAGACCGACCUGCGGCCGCACCACAGACUGGCCCAUUCAAGUCUGACUUCAAGACCUGGGGAGACCCAACAUUCGCCGAGGCCAUGUCUGCCGUUUCGACCAUCGUCUUCGCCUUCGCUGGUUCUCCGGCUUUCUUCUCGAUCGCCUCUGAGAUGCGCAACCCUCGCGACUUCACAAAGUCACUGUUCGUAGCACAAGGAUGCGUUUCGCUCGUGUACCUUGUCAUUGGUGUCGUUGUGUACUACUACUGCGGCUCGUACGUCGCUUCGCCCGCUCUCGGAUCUGCCGGUGUCACCAUGAAGAAGGUCUGCUAUGGGCUGGCAUUGCCCGGCUUGAUUGCCAGUGGCAUGCUUUUCGUUCACUUGCCAGCAAAGAGCUUCUUCAUGCGCUUCAUGCGCAAGAGCGAGCAUCUUACCAAGAACACCCCAAUUCACUGGAUGGCAUGGCUUGGCUGCACCGGAGGCGUCGUGAUUGUCGGCUACCUCAUUGGAAGUGGUAUCCCAGUCUUCAACGAGCUCAUCUCCCUCAUCGGCGCAGUGUUCGCCACAUUCAUGUCUUUCCACCCCAUGGGCUGCAUGUGGUUCUACGACAACUGGAACAGGAGUGAUCGCAACAUGAAGUGGAGGCUUGGUGCCGCUUGGGCUGCCUUCAUUCUCAUUGCUGGAACAUUCAUGAUGAUUGGCGGUACGUAUGGUUCGGUGCUCGGUAUCAUAAACUCCAAGGAGCGUACCUCGCCGUGGUCUUGCGCGGAUAACUCCAACUCAAAGGCGGGUUAGAGCGCACAGCACGCAACCUGAGCCCCACUCUCAAAUGCUGGUACGCAGACAUGAGUGGUUUUCCAGUCCAUAGAUUAUAUCCCAGCAGUGCCCUUGCAUGACUUGGAAGCCAACCAGAGCCUUGGUUACAGCAGAACACUGUAUUAUACCGCAGUCGCGGAUAAACAAUGCAUAUAGACGAGCAUGGAAAAGAACUUUCAGACUUCAGUC